CUGUACGAUAAAUAAUUUCAAAAAUCUACGUCAAUUUGGAUGUUUCCUUGAACAAAUCAAAAACGAACCAAUCACAUCAUUAGCAGCACGUUGGUAAAGUAAAGCAUCACCACUUUGGAGCAGCAGUUGUCAGUUAGCUUUAAAAUUUGACUAUUUUAACUAGUGUAAAUUAUUCUUUAUGGUUGGUAUUAUCUUAUUUGUGUUGUGAAGUAGGGGUUCAUUGUCUUAAUGUAUGUGCCUUGGGUGUCGUGUGAAUAUUCAUGUCAAAAUAUGUUGUAGGCUGUUUUUACCGAGCUGAUUUUCACAGCUCUGAGUUACGCCACUUUCGUAAAAAGCUAAAAAGCAGUGGCGCGGUGUGUAGGUCCUUUGGCUUGUAUUUUGAAGGGUAAGAUCGGAUGUGGUUGCGGACGUGACACAUCGCGGACCGUUUAGUGUGUAAAGCAAUGAACAGUUGCCUUCAAAUGACGAAACCUCCGUUUUAAUAGCAUAGUUUUGCUAUUAAAUGUACAUGUAGUGGCCUGGCACUUUUGUAAGUGUGUGUAUGAUUUAUUUUGUCAAAAUAACGAUACUUUUGAAGUUGCGGUGCAAUAUUUCUGUAUUUCUCCAUCGGGCUACACUGCCUUUGCCCCGUAGGGUGCCAGAUAGCUCACUUGGUCGAAGUGGCCUGCUCUCUUUUUAAGUAUUGCGUCAAAGUUUGUGGUACAUUAGUAGAGUGCGACAUUAAUAUGUGGUGCAGAUUCAGUCUAUAUCUGUUUGUGAAAAUACAUCAUCCCACCUUGAACGUGUGUGUUGCCUGAUGGGCACUAGUUUGGCUAACUUUAGCUGCGGUCUCCUCUUUAGCUGGGCCUUUAUUGAAGAUCCAAACACCCAUUUCUUGUGUCUCGCUGCCGAAUCGUGCGUUAUUACGCCCAGAAAUAGUGAGUGGUAUUAAAUGAAAAAGCUCCUCUUAUGUGGCACAGAGGUGUAUUGCUCUCAACUUAAAUGGCUGGGGAAAUGGGACUGGCUGUGCUACACGAUUACAAGCAGAAAGCAUUCAUUCCCCUUUUUGCAUAUUGCUUGAACAGACAAGACAAAACUCCACCUCAUUUUAUUACAUAAAUUUGCUUCUCUAUUAUACAAAUUUCUCUCUCCCUCUGUAAAUACUGUAUAUACACAGAUUGCCUACAGUCUGAAUUUUGUGUAAAUGACAUGAAAGCACACAUCCAUCCUAACAGGUAUUUUUGGUGUAAUGAUGUGAUUUCUUGGCACACUUUGGGGCCUCUAGUAACAAUUGGACAUUGUUAAAGCCUCCAUCUUUAGCCGUCUUCUGAUGGCUACUCCCAGCAGUCUCUAAGGUAACAUCAUGCGACUAUUAUCCAGUAAUAGCAAAGUGGUUAUGUUUUGAUAAGCUAUUUUUACCGCCACAAACACACACCUAAGGCUGAAUAUAGGGUGUGUGCAAUUGUCUUAAAAAGCUCCUUUUCUUGUAACCGGGGGUGGGGGGAAGAGGAUGUUUCAUGUGCCGUCAGGAAGCUCCUUCAAACAGAGAGAAAGCCUUUGUGCCCUGCACAUGAUUUUCACAGCAACAGCCUUGAUGCACUCUUCACUUUUUUUGUCUAUUCUACGAAUAAGAGUGUGAGGCCAUGAAAAGUGCUGAUGACUGGAAUUACAAAUGGACACACUGAAUGGCGAUAAAUGCUAUCUGCUCCCACCAUGUUGUGUCUUGUCUGAGUCAAAGUGUUCUAGUUUUUUAACGGGUUUACUCCCCUGCACGUAUUUCUGUGUCAUCUUUUUAAAAAAAGUGUCUGUGAUCGUUUUGUAGAGCAGUGGACCACAACAGUGUCCUGCCAUCUUGGUAUAUUAUACUAUAUGUAGUAUUGAUGUUAAUUAUAACAACACUCCGACUCUUAACUGUAGUAUCACGCCACUCCACAGGUGUAUUAUCAUAAUAAUCAAUAAUUACACUGACUGUUGGGCCCUUUCAACCUAUUUCUGUUUUCCAGAAAUAACACUUGAAUUAAAUUAUAAAUAGACACCAGAAGAGGGGAGAGAAGGAGCAGGAUAUCUCCAUCCAAACCACUGAGUGGGCACAGGUCCAAGGACUCAUAUUGUUGUGGUGUUUUCCUCAGAUCCCCUGUUGAUUAAAGAUGCCCCGUGGAGUUGUCUUACGAUCAAACAAAGGUCUCAGACGAUAUUCCACUUUCUCUGCUCAGCUACUUUGAAACCUCUAAAUGCAGAGCAGCACGUUGUGAGGAGCUCAUCCUGGAGGAACUUCAAGACUUCCCUGCGUCACAUUACACUGACGUCAGGAUGACCUCGCCUCACGAACCCGAUAAGGACACGAUGAGUCUUAAUAUGCAGGUUCCUGGUGAAACAGAACCCGAGGGAAACUUGUCCUCUCUCAGCAAUGAUGGUGAGGCAGAAAUGGACGAGUGCAGGUGGUGUGAAAAACACGCGGACGUCGAAGUGACGACGACUGAAGAGGAGGUAAAGCAAAGCAGUCGGUGCGAGCGGGAGCUCAGAGAGGAACAGGAGGAGAUGAAGAGGAAAGAGGAGGAAAGGAAACGGAGCCAAAUAAACUUCCAGGAGGAGCUGAAGAAGAUAAUGGAGGCAGAGAAGCUACAUCAGAAGGAGCUGGAAUUGAUGGGGAAGAGAGCUCAGGAAAAACUUGAGCAGGAAUUCCAGCUUCAGCAGGAGCUGAUCAGAGACUUGCAGAGACAAGUGAAUGAAGAGAGGAAGAAGAUGGAGGUGGAGCACAAGAGGAUAAAGGACGAGGAUGAGAAGAAAAGGAAGGAGAUGGAAGAGAAGAUGAAGAAAGAAGAGGAGGAAGAAGAGAGGAGGAAAAGGGAAGCAGAGAAAAACAAGAGAGAGAUGCAGAGGAUGGAGGAAGAGACUAGAAAGAAGAAGGAGGAUGACAGCAAGAGGAAAAUAGAAGAAAUGAGACUCAAAGAAAAACUCAGAAGAAAGGAGGAGGAACAGCGGCGGAGGGAGGAAGAAGAAAGGAGGAGAGUGGAGAAUGAGGAAAAGGGGGAAAGAGAUGAGGAGAAAAACAGAAUGCAUGAGGAGAAGGAAGAAGAGAGAAGUAUAAAAGACACGAGAUGUAAGGAUGAGAAGACAAGGAGACACGUAGAGCAAGAGGAAAUGAUAAGGAAGGAAGGUAAUGAGGAAAUAAAAGAGAUGAAGGGAAACAAGACAGGGCAAAUUGAAAACAUGGCGGAGGAAGACAAAAGGAGAAAACUGAGUGAAGAUAUAGGACUGAAGGAGUGGAGAGGGAAAGAAAAGGGUGACUCAAUAAACACUGACUUGGAUGAUAAGAGAAGUGAGGAAGAGCAGAGGAUGACAAUAGAACAUGAAGUAAGGAUGAAGAAUGAGAUCAGAGAUUUACAGAAACAAGAGAAGAAGAGGAGUAAGGAGGAUGAGCAGGAAAUUGUAAAUGAAGAGGGUGAGAGGAAAAAGAAGGAGGAAGAGAAGAGGAAGAGAGAGAAGGAGGAGGAGGAGCAGAGGAGGACAUCGGAAGAGGAGAUGAAUCAGAGAGAGAUAGAAAUUGAGAGGAAAAGGAUGGGGGAAGAUGAGUGUAAGAGUGUGAAGGAGGUAGAGGAGAAGAACAAGAUACAAAAAGACACAAGAAAGAAGGAAAAGGAGAGAAACAGUAAAUGUGAAGGAGAGGAGACUGAGAACUUCAGGGAGGAAGAUAGAAGGAGAACCACUGAUGAGGAAACAGAAGUGAAGAAGUGUGAAAAGAAAAACAGUGAUGAAGAAAAUAAGAGAAGAGAGGAAGAGCAGAGGAUGGCAAAAGAAGCUGAAGUAUGGAUGAAGAAGAAAGAGGAAGAGGAAAAUGGAGAAACCAAGGAUGAGAAUAAAAGGAACGAAGAAGAGAAAACUGCAAAAGAAAAAGAGAAAAAACAGUGGAGGGAGGAAGAACAAAAAAUGGAAGAAGAAUUAAGGCCCGAGAAAGAGAGGGAACUGAAUAAAACGAAUGAAGUGGACAAAGAAAAGAGGCAGGAAGAGAAAGAAGAACAGAAGACCAAAACAGGAGAAAUACAACUCAAAGAAGAUAAGGAAAGUGAAAAGGAGGAGAGGCUGAGCACCAUCACGUCCUCCUCAAGACCUGGUCCUUCACAAAGCCAGUCCACACCCAGUCCCAGCAGCUCUGAAACAAGUGUGCGACAAGACCAACACCGCGCGGCUGUGACGUCCCACGUGUCUUCACACGCGUGUCUCCCUGAGCAACCGGAGCAGAAGAGACUGUCGUGGAUGAACGAGUGCGUCCCGUGGUCCAAACUGUCUCUGCAGAACAAGAACAAGCAAAGGAGAAGAGGAGGUGCUGACAGUCGGAGGAGAGCGAACAGGACGUCAGAGUGCGACAGUCUCCAGUCUCCUGUCUGUCCUCACACUGUGCUCAUGUCCACAGGCUGUGAAUCCCUGCAGCAGGUGACCACAGUGACCCUGGAGGACUUACCUGGCUGUAGCUUAUCCACACUUGCUCAGUGUCGUCACCUUCAGUCGCUCACCCUCAGACGCUGUGGCCUCAAAUCACUAGAAGGUCUCAACCACUUACCAAACCUCUGCUGCGUCGAUGUACAGGAGAACGACAUCUCAUUUGUGGAUUGUGGAAACAUGGCGAGCUUACGAGUUCUUCAACUCGGCCACAACAAGCUGACUUCCAUCCACGGUUUGAGUGGCGCUGAGAAUCUGGACGUUCUCGACCUCUCGCACAACCUCAUCAGCCGCAUUGCUGGUCUGGAGUCUGCGAGACGACUGCAGUCGCUGUCGCUGGGUCACAACCAGCUGAUCAGCACCAAAGGACUGAGGGACGUCUCCACCCUCCUUCACCUGGACUGCUCACACAACCACCUGGCUGUGGUGGAGGGUCUGGAGAACAACGCUCUGCUGCACACGCUGGACCUGAAGUCCAACAAUAUCACUGAGCCCCCGAGUCUUAUCAACCACGUCCUCCUCAGAGAGCUGCACCUGGAUGACAACAGCGUCUCGUCACUGCAGGGCCUCGCUGUCUGCUGGCUGCCCCUCAUGCAGCACCUGUCUGCAGCUCAAAACAGAAUCACCCUCCUGCCUUCCAUGUCGGAUUUUGUUUCCCUUGCAAACCUGGAUCUGAGAUUCAACUGCAUAUCAGAACUACACAGUGUGUGUGAGAGCGUGGCGGGAUGUCAGUUCCUGCGAGACGUCCAGCUCACCGGGAAUCCUCUUCAGCAAGAAAGUAGCUGGAGGUCCGUGCUGCAGAGAGCAGUUGCAGGCCUGAGAACCAUUGAUGGGAAGGAGACAGACUCCCUUCUGUCGGCCCCCGCUGUUCCACAGGUCAGCUUGGCCUCAGGCGGCUUCCUAACGUUUUGCCAGGCUCAGCUCAAACAGACGGGUGAUUUACAGCAGCGGCACCACAGGGAGCUCAGUAAUGCCUCAUCUCCCCUGGAUGCUGUGAAAUGCUCCUGCCGACACUUCACCGAGACUCUGCAACUGGCUGUGGAGCAGAGAUUUGCUCAUGAAUAUGGGGACACCUCUGUGUCUACACUGGGCCAAACUGCAGUGGAGAAAACAGCGGAUAUGGACAGUAAAAAAGAGCUACCAGUCAUUCAAAGCAAUAUGAUUCCAGUGGAUAAAUCAGCCACGGAGAUGAGCUUUCACUCCUCCACAACAAAUGAAAAACCAACUUCCUUCCAUCUGGAAAUGGCACCUGAGUCUGACCAUCAUGAACUGGACUCCAAAAACACAGCAGCGGCAGUGAUUCAGCAGCAGUGGAGAAAAUACAGAGAGAAAUGUGGGAACAUCAGCUGCCCCCCCACAGCUGAGAAGGGAGGUGGAGGAGUGGGAGACAGAGGAGAGCCAGACGCAGGAUCGUCUUCUGUUGACAGGAGCGUUAUUGAACAAGAUUAUGCAGCAAUUGCUAUCCAGGCAUUCUGGAGGGGCUUCAUUCUGAGGAGGAGGCUCGCAUCUGCUCUCGCUGUUGUCACAUGGCCUGACAGCGGUGAGGACGAAACCUUUGAGGAAGUCGACGUGGAUGGAUUUGUCUUUGAUGAGGCAGCAGAAGAGAAACGCUGGACGUUGACGCUUUCUGAGGACUCGUCAUCUUCAGGGCGUCAUCGUGUGUCGCAGCAGCCGCUCUCUCUGAAGCCUCUUGGGCCCUCUCCUGUACAUGUCCACCACACUACCCCAUCAAUACCACACUGGAGACCAAAGCAGGCCUGGUUGGAUGGAGAGCAGGUGGAUCCUGCUGAGGAGAGAACUUCUCCAGAGAGUUCCAACAGACUCAAAUCGGCUGCAGCUUCAGUGCUCAGCGGCCUCUCUGCAAAAUCAGAAAAGAUCGUGGAAGAAUGGGGGUUUAAAGACAGCAACACAGCUCUCCUGAUGCUCAAGAGAGCACAGAAGAUGAGGACAACCCAGAAGCAACAUCAGAAGAUACAUCAGGAUCCCUUUGUCUGCCAGCAGGGCCCAGUGGCGACACGAAACAGGCCUGCACCACACAGGAGAAAUCACAUGAGAGUGAGCACAGCGGAGCGGCAAGCAAAGCAGAUGGAGAAAGUGAAGCAGGAGCGAGCCCAGCAGUGGCUACACCAACAGGCUGACAGGGAUUCAGAGAGCGAGCGCUUUUUGCCAGAGAUCAGCUCGGACAUUUUGAACGGCGGCAGAGUGCAGCUGGUGGCUGACCCAGGCUACUCUGAGCAUCUACAUCACACCAGUGGAUUGUGGGCCAGCAGCAGUUCAGCUGCCCAGCUGAGCAAAGAGAGAAAUUAUCCACGCAGGAACUCUGCGAGUCGUCCAACAGGAAAAGAGCUCCCGUCUCCCCAACGAGCCGACUCUGCUCCGGUAAAAAAGGAACGCAUCUCCUUCCGAGAUAACCCCGUCCAGCUGAGCGGCGGCUGGGGAGGUGGCAAGAAGAGGGUCAAGGGUCAAGUGCACAAGUAAAACACAAAUUUCUUUGAACUGUGACCCAGCACCUAUUUAAAGAAGAUACUAAGGUGGAACCGUUUUUACUUUGUUACCUUGGUAACCUGAAUAAAUACGGACACUUUAAGCUUUAAGCCUAUAGCACGAAAGGAAUAGUUCAGGUUUUUUGAACAAAUUUGUAUUAGAUUGUAUUAGGUAUAGGACUGCACUGUAAAAUCCCUUUGUGCCUAGAACCCUCAUAACCCCCCAUUUAUGCUAUUUUUAGAUGAUGAUCACACAUUUAUGUCACCGUUAGACCGACUUUUCGGACUAGAAACUGAAAAUUCUGCCUCCUUUGGUAAGAUUCUGUCACUUAGAACUAAGGAUUUUAUACACCAAAGUAACAGAAUAAGAAAUUUGCAAACAAAGCAGCAGUGGAUCAACACCUCCUGUGUCCUAUGAUGGGAAAUUAUAGAUUUUCUACAUGGGAUUUGGUAUGCAAGCUAUGCAAACUGAGGGCAAUAUAAGGUAGAAAAGUCUUUUCAUUGACGUGAGGUUGUGUAGAUUUCUCAGGAAAGAUGGAAAGAAGGAGUUUAGCAACUGACUCUGUAGUUAAGACUUUAUUUAGUUUUAUUUUAAGAGUAUCUAUUUAUUUAUUUCUUUAUAUCACCUGUGCUGAAUCUGCUUCGACUCCCUCUGCUGGAAAUGAAUCCAGACCAAUAGGAACUGGAACAGCCCAAAUAUCCUCGGGCACGGCUGAAGCUGAACUCUGUGCCUGACUGUGAUUGCAGCCAUCCAGCACCAAAACACCACGCAGCAAAGUCGCAAAUCGGCGAAUGACACGCUCCGUAUGCAAAUGACGGCAGGAAAUAAGAAGCAGGAACCCGUUGUACCUGCGGAUUCAUGUUUCCCAACAUGCCGAACUCUCGUCUAGACACUCUGUCAACAGGAAUAAAGUAAAUAUCCUUUGCAACCAUGGGAAGAAAUGUGCUUUUUCCACUGCUGUACACUCCUAAGAGUAAAAUUUAAUCAAAAUUUAAAAAGUCUGUGUGUAUGUUUAGCUCUUACCAACAGUGGGCUUGUAAUUACUGCUUUUAUGAGCCAAACACAAACACUGUUGUGAGAAUUAGAGGCCUCUCUGCUUUAUUUCCAGCCAGUCGAUUAGAAUGGCCUUUUCUUGUGUGUUUGGACGAAGGCGUCCGCGCACAAACACCGUCCUCCCGCAGGCAGUGAACCUCGGGCUCGGAGGUUCCUCGCUGGUCGGAUGCCUGGAAAUGAUAACUUAAUUAAUGUCAAAACAAAUAGUCUGAGCUGCGGAGCUGCUCCCUGGCAGGAAAUGCACGGCUCUCUAUUUAUUUUCCUUCUAUCUUUCACUUACACAUGUCUGGACGGUGUGUGUGUGUGUGUGUGUGUUUUGACUGUACGCGAGCUGCUGAUGGGGAUUCUAGCUUUCCUCCACAAACGUGCUGAUGGUGCUACCCACUUGGAGGCUGUUGUGAAACCCAAGAGCAGUGUCCUCCCUCAGGGUGGGAGACUGAUUGGUCAAGCUCCAUAUAGAGGACCCCCAGCUUUCUGUCAACAAAUCGUCGUUAUACACUCACACAACUGGAAAAUUCAUGUUGUUGUUGUUGCUUCUCUAAUACGAGCAGACAGGUGACAUGUGCACAUCUAGUCACAAGUUUUGCUCUGUUUGACACGAGUUCUCCCAGACGCUCUCGUACCCUCGAAUUCACUUUUGAAAUGAUACUGUUGAACCAUCACCCACCAGCCUUCAUUACACGUGUUUACUUUGCAUUAUGGAGGAAUUAUGUGAAACCCGAGGAGACCAAAAAGGGGAAAAAAAUCCACUGGCGUGGUGAGACGAGCACUUUGCCACACUUUCAGAUAAGACGACGAGCAUCGACGACGAGGCUGCCAGCCUGACCUCAAGUCUGGCACAGAGAGGUUCUGUCUCCACAUCCGUCCACUGCGCUGUCCUGAAACACAUUAAAGGGCUACAGUAUAACUGUGGGGGUUUUUGGACUUUUUAGCAACAAAUAUAUUUCAGCUGACAGGAAUGAAUGCAUUCAGACGUUUUAGGUUUGUUUUUGUUUAUUUAUUUACAUUUUACUUUUAUUUCUGUCUGUUUGACAGUGAUAGCAUACUGAUUGUAAUUAAUUACACUAAUCAAGUCUGUUUAUCAGUGCUAUAUUAUUAUUACAUUACAACAGUAACCUAGAAAUUAAGUAUCUUGCAUGUUUCAAUAGUGUAUAUCCAAAAUUAUCCCAAACACCUAUAAUAUAACAAUAUUGCAAUAAUGUAAAUUUAAAUAAAGUCUAGUAGCCGACAUCAUCAGGAAAAUGAUUAGUAACCGUGUAAAACAUGUGUGACACGUGUGUAGCUUUGCAGACAAUCAUCAGAUAAAUAACACUUUUUUCUUUUGGGUUUUCCCUUUAGGGAUCACUACAGCGGAUCGUCUGCCUCCGUCUUACCCAAUUUUUCAA